AUGCCAUCUGCGAUCAUGGCAGCAACAACAGAUCGCCCGAGGGUUUUCCUGGAUGUCUCCAUCGGCGGAGACCCGGUGGGCAGGCUGACCAUCGAGCUGUUCGUGGACAAGACUCCCAGAACAUGCGAAAAUUUCCGACGUUUGUGCACUGGUGAGCACGAUGCGUUGUCGUACGCGAAGGUUCCCUUCCACCGAGUCAUAGACGAAUUCAUGAUCCAGGGUGGAGACAUCACCAAAGGCGACGGCACUGGACUUACGAGCAUAUACGAUGGCGAAGCUUUCGACGACGAGCAGCUCGGUUGGCGCGAGAUGGACGCAGCAGGCCUGGUCUGCUCAGCCAACCGGGGAAAGGACACAAAUGGAAGCCAAUUCUUCAUCACCUUAGAGCCAUGUCCGCAUUUGUCAAGCAAACACACGAUUUUCGGACGACUUGUAGCGGGGGAAGAGACGUUGCAGCGCAUAUCGAAAGUCGCAGUGGAUAAGACUGAUACUCCAGUCGAGCCGGUGUUGGUGUCACGCUGCGGCGAGCUGGAGAGGAAGAACAAGCAGAAGCGCGACUCCAUUCAAGACGCCCGUGCAGCGCAGACAAAUGGUGCAGAGCGAGGGCGCAGGAGGAAAAGCGACCCCUCGGACGACGAGAUGGAUACUGGUACACCUCCACCCAAAAUCGGUCGACGCAGCAGAAGGCAGAGUGACAAUGUUAUUGACGAAGGCCUUCGAGGCAGACCGAGAGCACGUUCGAACUCACGCUCAGCUUCAAAUCCAAUCGAAGAAGAGGACGAAAAUGCGGAGCAUUCACCUGCUGCAAAGCACAAGCGGAAGCGAAGCCAGUCGCCCAGUCGACACAUGGAUCGCCGCGAGGAAGGUGCAGGAUCGGAACGAAGGCGUCGAAGUCUCCCCAACCAGUACCGGGACAGAGAUGGCCGAGACUACAACGACAGUGAUCGAUAUCGGCCAAGUCCACGGCGACAUGAUUACAAACACGCUGGUCGGCGAGGCGAUGAUCGCUAUAGGCCUUCAAGAGAUCGUCGCCACGAUGACGGGAGACUGAACAGCAACGAUGGACGCCUCGGUGGAGGUUCCUCCGAAGCCUACGGAGACGCGCCAGUGAAGUUCAAAGGACGAGGUGCGAUGAAGUAUCGUGAAAACGACAGAGCUUGGUAA